ACAAAAAAAAAAUGCACUAUUCAUAGGGGACUUCUGGAGUUGGGUUUGGAAAUUUCUUAGAAAUCGGACAAUUAGACAUGGAUUUGAUGCCACUAAAUUCAACAUGGCUCACCAAAGCCGAUCUCUUAUCUGUGACAGCCCGGUUGGAACCAGAUUUAGUUAUGUACAACAUGCGAGUCUGGUAGUUAGGACCGAUGCAGAGGCAGCGAUUGAUUUGACUUCGAUGUUGGAGGCCCUUUUCAAUGGAAAUGAAACCUUACAAAAGAGUCCUCUGUUCAUUAUUGCAGAGUCAUAUGGAGGAAAAUUUGCAGUUACUCUUGGGUUAUUGGCUCUUAAAGCUAUCGAAGCAGAGGAAUUAAAGCUACAACUUGGAGGUAAUAGUUACUGUCUACUGUUUUGGAAGUACUUUUCUUGCUUUUGAUAGCAAUGAUUGGUUCAAAAUUCAGUAUUCAUAUAAACAUAAAGAACUUGUUUUGUAUUGUUUUUAUUUGUAUUUAUUUAUUUUUUUGUGUUUUUUGAAACAAAACAAUGAAAAGUUUGAAAAUAAUCACUCUUUUCAAGUCGUUUUCAUUUUUGUGCAAAAACAGUUUUUUAAAAUUCAGAAAAUAUUUUUAAAGUGUUUCCUAGAAAAUGGUGCUCUUAGAAAAAGUCCCUGAAAGCAGUUUUUAGAAACCAAACAAAUUUCUGUAUCAGCUGCCAUUUUUUGCUUUUUGAGAGCAAAAUAUAGAAAGCAAAAACUAUAGAAAAUUUGUGUCCAAUAAUUACCCUCUAAAUACGACCUUUUUUUUCCUA